GAUUUAUUAAAGUCAUUGUCACAUAAAAUUACUAAAGCCACUUGAUCAAGAAUGUUUUUUAAAAUGAACUUACACUUACAGUGCAGUUACUGUAAAUAUAAGCCGCUGUGAGCCGUCCACACUCAUUGCCACUGGGUGGCGCGCUUAGCUUACAAUCCACACACCCUGCUGAUGACUUCCCCAAAAUGUAGGAAAAGUUGCAUUUGUUGUUUAUUGUUCACAUCAGUGAAAGUUUACCAUCAUGUCCUGGUCAGUGUAUACCAGCAGGGUGAAUAAAUCAUCUUCCACAGUUGAUUGAGUUUAGCAUUAAUGAGUGAGUGUCCUCAGACGGUUGUGGGUGUCUGCAGGGCCAACAAAAGGCUGCCUGCCCUCACAGGCUCCACCAACAGCUGUCCAAGAGAUACUGCACAGCGCUGCGCAGGCGAGAGGAGGGGAAUGGGUCCGAGUCCGACAUCGGUGCAGAGUUCCUACAGCCGAUGCCGCUCCACUAUAGGUACCCAGAGAACAAGAAGUGUGAGUCAAGUUUUCUGCGGAUUUAUUUAGCUUCCCUUUGUCAGGAAACGUGAGGAGAAGGAGAGAACGGGAUGUCUUUACAGGAGCUACCGGGCUCUUUUGGAGUCAUAUUCCCAGCCUUCUCUCUGCCCAUGAAAGCGGAGCGCAGUCGGAACAAGGAGCGGCUGGAGGCCAGCCUUGCCGGCUUAUGUGAGCUGGAGCUGCUCAAACAGAGGCAGGAAUGCCGGGUGCUGAGCGCUCUUUGCCUCGGGGACUCUCCGGUUCCCGGGCGCCCGCCUUGGGGAGCUCUUCGGUCGGCGCGUUGCGCCCUGGACGCGCCGAAAAGCAACGCCUCGGAUGACUACAGCCGCAGGCUCCAGACUAGCAGUCUCCAGUGUACGCCCUGGGGUGUAAAGGUGUCUUUAGAACAGCAGGUAGCAGAGCUGAAGGUGAACACUGAGGUAAAAUCAGCAGAUUCUCCAACUAAUCUGGAGGACAGCCGACUGAGCUCAGGAGAGGUCCUUGUAGCCAAGCAAAAUAGAUUUCAUGAAUCAAAUUACCAUCCUGCUGUCCCUCGUUCCCUCUCAGCCCCUGGGGGGACAGAAGAGAUAGAGACAGGAGAAACAUGGCUGUCAGACCCAACAAGACGAGCCACGGUCACUGAUGUUUUGUGGGAGAUUAAGGAUGUUGACCCCAGUCAGGAAGAUUACCAACAGGCCCAGAAGGUAGAGACUUAUAUAUUUGGAUUGAUCCAACGCAGAGCCCUACCCUCACGGCCCUCAAAACCCCGCACCAGCCUGGCACAUGAUGCCCGAGCUGUCAGUGUGGUGAGGCAGAGUAGUUUAUGCCACAAGGAGCAAGAGCAACAUUCACCAAAGUCGGGGUCUAUUCAAGAGGCCUCUACCAAAUCCCAGUGCCCAGAGGGAACUGCUCCAAAGGCUUGCCAUAAUCUUGAUCAGGAACGUUACCAAGGGACAGGGUUUACUGAAGAUGCCCCACCCCCGUACCACCACUAUCUCCAGCAAAGUGUCCAGCCUCAACCAGGGCUUUAUGACAGGCCCAGGCAGGCCUCCGUGAUUAACAGCUCCCGCUCAACCAUGCUGGACUAUCCAUCUUUCAGAGUGCUGCAAGCCCACCCAGACUCCAGCAAUAGCGAGCCUGAUUCACCCCAACAUUUCCACAACUACCCUUCUCCUCCACCUCUGUCAAAGCCUCACCAACUGCCUUCACCCGAUGAGCAGCUGGUCAACGCAGAGUAUAUUCCAGCCCAGCCCUGCCGAGCCUCCACCAGAGCUUAUGCUCAUCACCACCCCAACCCCCACAAGGGCUCUGCGAUGCCCAAACCCAACCGAAGCACAUAUUCCCCAGAAAGAGCCCAUCACCAUCAAGAGCAGAACCCCUCAACAUCUCAGAUCCAACACUCAAGAUCCAGAGUGGGCCCAAAGAAGUGCCGCUCUAAUGAAGACAAAAGUGGUGCCAGCAGGAAGCCAGGAAAGAAAGCAUGUAGGUCUCAGUCAGAGAACAGCCUGCAAAGGGUUCCAGAGCGGAAGUACAAUACAGUGGAGAGAGAUGGUGGAGGAAGUGGAAGCGGCGGAAGGGGAAGCCGCAGUAGUCAAUCUAGGAGCAAGAAACAACAGCAAGGAAGUGGUAACUAUCGGCGCUGGCAAUCCACCCUGGAGCUUAGCCAAGAUGAGGGUGACCAGCAACCCAUGCAAGCACCUAUGCAAGGCUCCUCAGCUUCAAACCAAAGGGACCAUUGUGGAAGGCGCACCCGCAAAUCUCGCCCUACACAUGCAUCAUAUGCCUACCCACACCACCACCACUCACACCAUCAUCAGCACAUGGAGUACCAGUUAGAGAGGGACCAAGUUCUACCGUGUCAACCUAGUGAGGACUACCCUCACCCAGGGCCGGGUGAGUCUGAGUCCAGCAUGAGCGAAGCUGACUCUCCAGAUUCCAGCUCAUUGUCCAGUGACUCAGAUGAGAGUGGUGGUCUGGUUUGGCCCCAACAACUACCCCCUCAACUUUCCCUCCCAUCACCUCCUGCCCCACCUGGAGCACCUCUGCAGCCCAAGGCUUUUGUCAAGAUUAAGGCCUCACAUGCCCUUAAAAAGAAGAUUCUUCGCUUCCGCACUGGUUCACUAAAAGUAAUGACCACUGUAUAAAGCGUAAUACUUGCCAAACUGAAAGAGCACGAGCUGCAGAGUUUUGGACUAUGUAGAAUAAUGGACCACAAACUAAAGUGAAUUUAAAAAUCAAUAUGUGCAUGAAAGUACUGUGAUCUUGGCUGACUGAAUUGAUUGGAUAGUUUUAGAUCAGCCUUAACAAACAAUAAAGGAAAUAGCUAUCACCAUAUCAGUCUUUGAUAUUAGCAUUUGGCCACAUUGGCCCCAAAAUAUCCCCACCCAGACAUAUGCACACAGUCACUGAAGUUUAUAAUUUUCCAUGGAGACAUUGUCUUUGAGGUCACGGAGAACUGUAUCUAAUGAUUUUAAUUUCCAGCCAUGCACAGAUUAAUCCCCAAUAUACCCACCAUUGUAAGUAGGGCUGGGUAUCAUUAUAAAUAUUUCGAUACUGGUACUGAUUCCUGAAUGCUAGAAGGAAAAUUACAUUACACAUUACGGUACAAUUACUCACUUCAAAGGAGGAAGCGAUUCAAAGACCAGGGAAAUGAAGAUGGAAUAUCUGUACAGUAUGUGAGUAUAUAAAAAUAUGAAUAACUUUCAAAAUGAACACUCAUAACAAACGGUAAAGGCAAUAGGCCAUUGUAGCCUCCGGGCUAAAGAGCAGCUCGCCGGGGUCCGACGACUUUAGGUGUAUUUCUCUCUGUUUACCGUCAGUGUGAAAGCAACACCAUGUUUGCCGCAGAGGAUGCGCUGGAGCUCCAAUCCCAGCUGACGAUGUGGUGAACGGACUUAAAUGUUGAGCAGAUACAGGUUAGCUAGACUAGCUAACAAGCAGCACAAAGAUACCGUAGUUAUCUGUGCAGAUAAGUAUUUUACAGUAAAAAAAACAAAACAAUGAGCCCAACAUAGUGUGUUAUUUGCAUGCCUCUACGAUGUGAGGUUUUUAAUACUUGAUAGUAUCAAAGCAAUUCAUCAGUUGCAUAAAAGUAUUGAUGUUCAGUACCCAGCCCCAAUUGUAAGGGAGAUUGAUCUUUAUACGAGAACAUUUUAGUAUUCUUAUCUUAACUUUUCUUACUCUUUUGCGUGGCUUGUUUGUAUGAGGUCAAUCACUCAAAUCAUGUGCAGUUAAAAUGCACCAAAAUCUCACCAAAUCUCAACAGUUUUAACUGCACAUGAUUUGUGCAGUUAAGGCAGUUUAAUCAUUUGCAUAACCAACACUUUGUAAUGCACUGAUAUCUGUUCUUUAAAAAGUAUGUUUUUAGUUGCCAGGUUAUCCUACAUUUACCCUUUGUCUCCAAGCUUUCCAUACUAGCUUCUGUCCUAUUUUAAGCAAAUCUUUCAUCAAACACACAUAUGCACAUUGGAAACUUAUUGUUGAAAAUACAGUAAUUUGCAAUGCUGAGACAGGCCACGGUUCCCUUGUAUUUGGACCGUGAAAUCCUCUUUUGUUGCUCAAAUGAAGCAUACUUGUUAUUAUUAAAUUAAGUCAUACUGUCAUUAAAGAGUAGGCCAACUAAAGACAAACAACCAAAAGUUUGUGAUUCCUACACGUUUUUCUUUAUAAACACUCAGCUAUUAAAUAUAUUGUGAGUGGAACUAAAUUUGUCUGACAGAUAUGGUGACAUGUGACCACAGUCUAUAGUAAGUAGUUGUGAAGGAUUAUUAGUGCAGUACAAAGUGCUUGUGAGACAUUUUGUCUGAAAUUUGUGGUUGAGAGAGUAAAUCUCACUGUAGAGCCGACUUUUAGCCAAAAAGAAGUCUGUGAAUCUUUGACAUUUUAAUGUAGCAGCAGACACAAACCAGCAAGAUACUGCAGUAGCAAUAUUUUUUAGCAGUAUUUUUUUUAAAGUUUUGGCCAAAUCAAAUGUCUCACUCAAAUAAAAAUAAGUAUUCUUGAAGGACCUUGUUUAAAAUGUUAAGUAGCAACAGUUUAUGUUUAAUAGUUAGCUACUUGCAGACUAAUAGAAUUUUGCCAGCCCAAAGAAUGUAUUUAACGUUACCGUGUCACUUUGACUAUUUGACAGUAUUAUCAUUUAAAGUGCACUAGCCAACUCACUAUUAGCUUCUUUUUGUAUAAAAUGUCUUUGACAAAAUGCAGUGUAUGAUAUUAAAGUGUUAAAAGUUCCAAAGCAA